CUAAUUUUGACUGACAGAGUGGAAGCAAUGUUGUUCUGUAAACAACUUGCAUCGUGUAUUAUCUGAUGAAGAGAAUGAAGCAAGAUAUUCUGUAGAUAUCUGAUGAAUCAGAUUGGUGGAUUUCUCACGAAACCCUUUGGACAGUGUUUGACAAACUGUGGCCAUUAUCAACUGCGCGGCACCAUUUUAAAAACCUGCUGCAGAAUGUCCACUCUGGAGACUUUAAACUUUGACAACCUAGCACUACGGAGCCUUCCGAUUGACCCCGUCGAAGAAAACCACGUCCGUCAAGUGAGCGGGGCGUGUUUCUCGAGGGUAAAACCGAUGCCAGUCAACAAUCCUCAGCUGGUUGUGGUUUCUCAAUCGGCCAUUGAGUUGCUCAGUAUAUCGACGUCGGAAAUACGACGACCGGAGUUUGUUGAUUAUUUCAGUGGAAACCGAGCAUUGCCGGGGUCGCAGACUGCGGCUCAUUGUUACUGCGGGCACCAGUUCGGGACGUUCGCGGGGCAGCUGGGAGAUGGAGCUGCAAUGUAUCUGGGCGAGAUUGUCAACGAGAAGAACGAGAGAUGGGAAUUGCAGCUCAAAGGAAGUGGGUUAACUCCGUUUUCACGCACCGCGGAUGGGAGGAAGGUGCUCCGCAGUAGCAUACGAGAAUUCCUCUGUAGUGAAGCGAUGCACUUCCUGGGGAUUCCAACCACAAGAGCCAGCAGCUGCGUCACGUCAGACUCCACGGUCAUCCGAGACAUCUUCUACAAUGGCCAGGCUAAACCAGAGAGGUGUACGAUCAUUUCGAGAAUCGCUCCCACUUUCCUCAGGUUUGGAUCGUUUGAGAUUUUCAAGCCGACUGACCCAGAUUCUGGUCGGAAAGGUCCGAGCGAGGGAAACACGGCUCUCCUCCGUCAGCUACUGGACUACACCGUCAAGACGUUUUACCCUCAGAUAUGGGCUAACACCAGUGAUGACGCCCAGAGCAAACAGACGGUGUAUCUGGAGUUCUUCAAGGAGGUCGUCAGAAGAACGGCACGGCUGGUAGCUCAGUGGCAGGCCAUUGGCUGGUGUCAUGGUGUUUUAAACACAGACAACAUGAGCAUCGUUGGCCUCACUAUUGACUACGGACCUUACGGCUUCCUCGAUAGAUACGAUCCAGAUUUCAUCUGCAAUGGGUCAGAUGAAGGAGGAAGAUACAUGUACAGAAAGCAGCCUGAGAUUUGCAAGUGGAACUGUUUGAAGUUUGCUGAGGCUAUACAAAAAGCUCUACCUCUGACGGAGACGAAACCAGUACUCGACAUAUUCGAUGAGGAGUAUGCUACCGUCUACAAACACAAAAUGAGGAGAAAACUCGGAUUGAUUCAGAAAGAGCUGCCGGAAGACGGAGACCUGUUAGAGUCUUUUCUCGAUUCGAUGAAUAAAACAGGAUGUGACUUCACAAAUGGAUUUCGUUGUCUGAGUCGCCUCCCCUUUCCCUCGAGUGACAAGUUCAAAGCGGCUCUGGUGGAGGUUACGGAAUAUCUGCUCAGACAGACGUCCACGCUGGAGGAAACUAAGAAGUACUACAAACCCAAGAUGGAUCCAAGACAGAUUCAGAUGUUCCUUGCCCUGAUGCAGACCAACCCGGACAUUCUGCCGUUGCUCGGUCGUACGUUUGACGGAUUCAAGAACGACUUGCAGCGUUUGGAGAAACAGGAAGAAUUGAAGGAUCUAACUGAAGCCAAGAAAUCGGAGAACGACAGACAGAUCUGGGUUGCGUGGUUGGAGAAAUACAAGGAACGACUGAAGAAAGAAGAGGACGCUGCGACGGAUGUUGCUAAAGCAAGCACAGAGCGAGUGGACUGUAUGAACGGUGCCAAUCCCAGGUUUAUUCUGCGAAACUACAUUGCUCAGAAUGCCAUUUCUGCUGCCGAGAAGGGAGACUACUCUGAGGUGGAGCGUGUUCUGAGGCUGCUGGAGGCACCGUACAGUGACAUUGUUCAGGUUGAAGACUCAGCAAGGACAACAGAUCGUGACGGUUCAUCUUCAGUUGACAAGAAUUCAGAAUCAGUCGAGUCAGACACCCGAACUCACGCAUGCCUAGCAUACGACGAGAAGCCUCCUGAUUGGGCGACGAGUCUGACAGUCACGUGAUCCUCGUAAUGACUUUGAGAUUCAACACCUGCUGCAGUUCUUCAGUCGUUUCCUGUUUCCAGUUUACAACAAUUAUAGUAGCUGAGAGAGAAUUCUCAAAUUUCUUCAUUUAUUAAUACAAACGAUUUUAAACCCUGAAGAAAAUAGCUAAAAUUAUCUAUUUUACUAACACGCCGUGGCACUAAGUUCAAUAAUUAUUAGUUUUGGGCGAAACUAUCUGGAAAAUAAUUAUAACUACAAACUCCUUCACUUGUAUUAUUGAGGUGAAAUGUUUUUAAGUCGGCAUGUAUGUAUUUAAUUUGGACGUGAUCAGUGGUGUAGCAUCAGUGAAGCCGUUGCCCCAGGUGCAAAAUUCGGGACUGGUGGAGGAGAGUGCUACGGGUCCACUGGUUAGGGGGCGCAAUACUUGCCUUGCCCCAGGCACUGGCAACCCACACUACACCACUGGGAGUGAUUAAUAUUGGCAUACGAUUUUUUGGGCCCUGCAUAUAAUCUUCCUGUUGACAUGUUUUUACAGGUUUUGACAAUCAGGAAAUGGAAACUGGAAUAUUUGAAGAGCAGCACACUGCAACCUCAAGGUUAUUACACGUCACUAAAUUAGUCAAAGACUGGAUUGAAGUCUGGGUUUGUCUACAGUUCCAUAUUGCACAUUACACUGAAAAGAAUGUUUAAACCUACAUGGGUGUAGCUAUUUCUCGCUCCAGCCAGUGCACCACGACUGGUAUAUCAAAGGCCGUGGUAUGUACUGUCCUGUCUGUGGGAUGGUGCAUAUAAAAGAUCCCUUGCUGCUAAUCGAAAAGAGUAGCCCAUGA